AUGAAAGCCAUCAGUCCGGUGCGAUCCGUCCGGAGCUGUUACGAGGCCGUUUGUUGCCUCUCGGAGCAGAGUUUGGCCAUCGCCCGGGGGGGCAACAACAAAAGCCCCGCUUUGGAGGAACCCAUGAACUUACUCUACGAUAUGAACGAUUGUUAUUCCAAAUUACGGGAGUUGGUGCCGGGAAUCCCCCAAGGCACCAAAGUGAGCCAAGUGGAGAUCCUCCAACAUGUCAUCGACUACAUCUUCGACCUCCAAAUCGUGCUGGAGGAGGGGGCCAAAAGUCGCGACACCUCUUCCGAGGCCACCCUGCUGUCCCUCAAGGAUGGCUGGAACAUCUUCAGCUUCUUCCUCAUGGUCUGCUUCGUGGUGGGGGUCCUCAUCCCCAAGCUGAACAUCCAGAAGACUUUCCAGAUCCUGAGACCCUCAGGGGAGAGGCCGGGAGGGGACCCAGGUCCCCUGGCUCCUUCCCGCACCGUGGUCAGUGCAGCGAUGGGAUCUCUCGCCUUGACGCAGGUCUGCAGACUGGUCAAGGGGUUGGUCGGGGUGCUUCAGGCCAUCCUCGAGGUCAUCCCCAACCUCGGCAACAUCAUGUUCAUCCUCUUUAUCGCCGUGCUGAUCUUCUCGGCGCUGGGCAUCAUCCUGUUUGGCAAGUCUGUCUCUGCCCGUUUUGGUGACCUGGGGAAGGUCCUGUACUCGGUCUUCACCUGUGGCACGCUGGACGCUGGCUGGACAUCUAUGAGACCUUCCAGUGAGGACGCAGCAGGGUGUGAGCCCACCCCGGGGUGGGGGCUCGGGGACAGCUGA